GUCAUCAACAACCUGUUAUUUUAGUCUUCAUCACCCAAUACGACUUGCCAUCGACGCUUUGCUUGCCUCCUCCACCUCCUACUACAUCCAUCACAAACGAUUCCUCUCUUUAGUCAAAAGAUUUCAGAGAGAGAAGUAUAGAGAGAAACGUGUAGGGAAUUCUGUAUAGCGAAGAGACUGGUGCUAAUGAAGGGCGUGAAUUCGGCGGCCAUGCAAGCAGAACAACUUAAACUUGAUGGUAACCUCUGUUUCAUGAAGAACAGAUUCGGUGCUGCAAUCGAUGCUUAUACGGAGGCUAUCACGUUGUGCCCUAAUGUUGCGAUUUAUUGGACCAAUCGGGCUUUAUGCCAUCGCAAACGCAAUGAUUGGACAAGAGUUGAGGAAGACUGUCGAAAGGCUGUUCAGCUUGAUCAUAAUUCUGUCAAGGGUCAUUACAUGCUAGGGCUUGCAUUAAUGCAGAGAAAAAAAUACGCAGAAGGAAUAAAAGCUUUGGAAAGGUCUUUGGAUCUUGGAAGAGGAGCAAACCCUCGUAGUUACAUGGUGGAGGAGAUAUGGCAAGAGCUAGCAAGAGCAAAAUACCAAGAAUGGGAACAUGAUUCCACCCAAAGAUCAUGGGAUUUGCAAAAUCUAAAAGAAUGUUGUGAGAUAGCUCUUGUAGAAAAAUAUUCGCUUGAUGUGACUCAAAUGGAAGGAUUCACAGAUGAAAUCACAGAUUCCGCUUCACAACAAUUACAAGCUCUCAAUUCAGUUUUCUCCAAAGCUUCAGAGCCCGACACACCAAAGGAGAUACCAGACUACCUAUGCUGCAGAAUCACACUUGAUAUUUUCCGUGACCCUGUCAUUGCUCCAAGCGGUUUUACAUACGAGAGAGCAGUCAUUCUUGAUCACCUCAACAAGGUGGGAAUGUUUGAUCCGAUAACACGUCAACCUCUUCGGCCAUCUCAAUUGGUUCAGAACUUAGCAGUAAAAGAAGCAGUUCAAGCUUUUUUGGAAACACAUGGUUGGGCUUACAGAAUGGACUGAAAAAAAAUACUUUUUUCUUUUUCUUUUUUUGGUGGAGAUGCUCUUCUGCUCCAUAUGUACAGUCAAUUGUAAAGGAUGUUUUUUUUUGUUAUUCUAAAUUCGGUUGGUUAUCAUGAUUGAUUCUACUGAACAUUGGUAGAAAUACCAAAUAUUGAAUUUAACACACUUUGGGGGUAUAUUAGUAAAUUAACUAA